AUGCAAGAAUCAGAAGAUGGAAAGGACUACAAGUGGUACGAGAUGAGCUUUUUCAUGCGGUGGGAAAGCGCACACACCAGGAGGGUCUUAUGCAUUGGCGCAUCACCACAAAUGAGUGCUACGCUUGAGGCCAUGGUCAAGGAAUCUCCACCGCCGACUUUCGAGUCGCAAGACCCCCUUGCGAUGCUUAAACCCCUGUUCGAUGAGGUUAUCAAGUUGUGUGACGAAAACAUAUGGGCGGUAACAAGGAAGGUUCGGGAUAUUGAACUUAACAGAAAAAGAAGAUGCGAGUUCGAUACACUGCGCAACCUAGCACGGCAUACAGGACACGUCAUAGAAGUCGAACAGGUAGCCAUCGAGACGAUGGAGCAGCUGCUCAAUCUGCAGGAGAGCAACUUCAAGCAUCUCAACAAACUCACAAAGACAUACACGGUACAAGCGAGCGAAUACCUGGCGUUCCAGUUGCAGGCAAUGAAGAGCCUGAGAUGGCGCGCGCAGUCCACGCAUGACCGACUGGAAGAGGAGAUAAAUCUGGCCUACAACAUGCUUGCAAGUUCAGAUAAUGCAGUCAUGAAAUCGAUUACCCUUCUCACGAUGAUAUUCCUACCAGCGACUUUCAUAUCCGCGCUUUUCAGCACAACAUUCUUCUCAUUCGAAGAGAACGGAUGGCAGUUUUCCCCCAAGUUCUGGAUCUACUGGGUCGUUGUUAUUCCUUUGACCAUCACUGUAGUGUUGGGCUGGUGGAGGUGGAUUGGUGGAUCAUAUGAGGGUCUCCGGGGGCGGUUCCUGCACACCAAGGAUCCUAAAAGUCCUCUUUAG